CUACUAAGACAAAACCAAAAGCGCCUUUUCAUCAGGAUAUUACUACAGAAGAUAUUGAUAGAAUUGUAAAUAGUAGGAUUCAGACAUUACAGCAAUCAACGCUAAAUCAAUCACCAGCAUCUUCUUCCGGUCAGGAAAAUAUUACUAAGGCUAAUUUACAAGCUAUAGCUAAAUUCUUUCAAGAGACUAUGUCUCGAGUGACUAAAACUCUAGAUAAUAGUAAAAAAUUAACUGUGGAAAAUACUGCCAUUAUAUAUUUUUUGAGUGACUUACUAAGAAAAAAACUAUAUAUACAUCCUGCCGAUAAAAAUAAUCAUGAUCCUGUAGAUGAUAUUUUAGAUAGCUUAGCGGGAUUAACAUUAAAUAGUGUUAUAAAUACUGCAGUCAAAC